AUGGUUACUAUCCCUGACUUUUUACUUCAGCUGAAGCAUUCUUAUCCACCUCUUUAUUUCAACUCUCAUAAAGAAGGCAAUGUUCCAGUUCACCACUUCAACAAGGAAAAUAAGCAAGAGAUAUCUCCUAAAGGAAAUGUCAUCCAGGAAAAAGAGAAGUCCCAAGAUAUUUCUGCUGGCAAAAAAAUACUGAAUAAAGACGAAGGUACUCAAACUAGCAAGUCCUCCCACCGUGACUUUGAGGUUGCCAUUUAUACUAGGUUUAAUGGAAAUGCCAAUACUGGCCAUGGGAGGAGUGUUAGCAAGGAGCUACCUAACCAAGAAGUACGUGGUGUCAUUCUCAUUAACAAAAAUGUCCAACAUGAUAGAAAAUAUGCAAGUGCUAAAAGAUUGUGGCUAAUUGAAAAAGGUGAAGAAGAUAAUAAAACUGAGAAUUCCACACACAAUAAGCCUGAGACAACUAAGUUUUCUGAAACUCAAGGCAAAAGAGAUAAGGAUAUUACUAAUAAUCAAAGAGGCAUUCAAAACCAAAAUAUUCCAGGAGACCAUACAGCCAAUAGUCAUGGCCAAUAUGCCACUGAAUACUCAAAACUAUCCCUAAAACACAUAAAGUUUCCAUAUGAUUUUGAAGGUAGUGGGCAAGAGGAAGAAGACAAUGACUUUUCUCUUUCUGGUGGAGGAAUGAUUGAUCCUGACACAGAAACCACAAGUGGAUACACAAGUGUUCCAGAUCCAGACAAAAAUAAUGCCAUUAAGAGCAACUCUAAAUUUCCCAUAGGAAAUGAAAGCAAUAAUGAAAUCCCAGAGAAAGAACAUGAUCUGAAUUCCAGUGGUGGAAAUUCCACUAGAGACAUUGUUGGAACUGAUGUCAAUAAAACACCAAGAGAAGAGAAAAACAUCAUUGAUAAUAAAAUUUUAGGAGGUAGUAAUUACAUUAAAGGAAGUACAAAUUAUAGGAAACUUCCUGGAAAAGAAGGAGAUGAUUUUGAUGCCAACACUGGAAAUGCUCAUCAAGGGUCAGGAGGAUUUCACCACUCUCAACAAUCCUCGGAAAAGCAAAGAAUUAUUGGCCAACAUGCUAGUAAAGGCAGUAAUGAUGUAAUUAAAGGUAUGGAUUACAAUGAAAUUUCUAAACAUGGCCAAGAUAAAACUAAGGCAAGUGUAGGAAGUUCUAAGAGAGAUCAAAAGACCAAAAAUGAUAAGGAAAAUAGUUUAAGUGAAGGAAAAGGUCAAAGCCUAAUUAUUCCUUCUUAUAGUCAUACUUACCCUUCAAAGGGAGCAAAUGACAUAAGAAAAAAACAUUAUGCCACACAUACAAAAUUCAGCUCUACCAAGAGUCACCAUGUAAGUGGAAGGAAGAGAUUCUGGGGUCCUAAAAAUGCCCAUUCAAAGAAGUUUAAGCCUACUAAAAGAAAUGACAGCAGUGAUUCAACUUCCAGUGACCACUCAAGUGAUAGUGAUAGUGACCAAUCUAUGGAAUAUUUUCAAGGUGGUGCUAAUUAGUCAUUAAUUAGGUUAGAAAGAUUAAAGCCAUCUGACAGCGAAGACAGUGAUUAAUUGUUUGAUUAGGACACUAGGUCUUCUCAGGGUAAUUUCCAAUACUAUAAUUAUAGGCAGUAAUAGAAUAUUUUCAAAGCUGACUAUGGUCUGAUUUUGAUUUCUUUAAAGGAGAAAGUCUAAUGUAAGAUAUAUGUUUGAUAGGUAAUGUUUCACUUUAUUUUAUU